UUUUGGCCCAAGCUCUUGGAGUCGGCAGUGUGUACAUGCCGGCCGGUCAGUACCCCCAUCUGAGCUGUGCUCGGUCCGCGCGCGAUGUUUCACGAAGGUCAGGCAGCUCUCGCCGAACAGGGGCAGGGGAAGGCGGUGCGCCACGAGUCUUGCGGGCCCAGUUCGGCCCCCACGCGGUGCCCAACGGCGGAGUUCCAUCCUUUCGUUGACGAUCCGGACGCCGACGCGCACGAGGAGAGCUGGGGCGCCACCGCGCUGCCGAGGGACGGUGACGAGCUGGAGCUCGAGGCGGCGCUCCUCGACGCGGUGCUCCCAGGGGGCGGGCGCCCCCAGAGGGGGUCUGCGGUGCCAGCGCCGAGGGCUGCCCCCGUCAGGCGCCUCCGUUCUGAGGCGUUCUGGGCGCAGGAGGCCGCCGCCGCCGCCCGGCGGCCGACGUGCUCGCCCUGGGAGGUGGGCGUGAGGCGGCGCCGCCCGUGCCUCGACGAGGAGGGCUGCCUCGGACCAGCGGCGGCCGCGACGCCGGCAGCAGAAGGCGCGGGGGCGGCGGCGGCCACGACGCCGGCAGCCGGAGGCGACGAGAGCCGCGGAGGAGCCGCUGGCUGCCCCAGGAGCUGGGCGGGUGCCGUCGCCAGGGAGCUGCGCCGCGCGGCGCGCGGGCCCGUUGCGCCGCCGGCCCCGCCGCCAGGGCCGGCCUCCGCCCAGGCGCUCGGGGCCGCUCUGAGGCUGCGUGGCCGGUCAUACCGCCCGGCAGGGAGCCGUUAGGUGAGCGUUGGGGGAAGGAACCCACUUGCCCGCCAGAUGUCGGCAGGAUUGUUGAUUAUUGCAGCCCUUUGGGUACUGCUCCAAGAGCUGGUGACUGUUUGACGUUUGCCGGACCGACUUGCCGGCGUAAUAGGCCGUGCACUCAUGUAUUAUGCCUGCUGUGCAUGAUUCUUGCUGUGCGCUUCAGACGGGCAGGCAGUGAUACGUUCCAAGUUCUACAGGAUUCUCAAUAUGUUCCAAGACGGAGACCGCUAGAUACCCUGUAAAUCUUGGAACGUACCGUCAGUCAAUCUUAUCAUGACACCAUGCUCGUCUUAAUACAUACUCUGUCGCGGCGCUGGCGACACAAAUGUUGCUUAGAGCGAUCCCGACUCGCGACCCGAUGGAGAACACGAGCGGGAGAAGCAUGGUCAUUCCCUUCGUCAUUUGCCAGUGCCGGGCCAGUACAGUUUCGGCGCGCUGAAUUAGAACGGGCGCCCUCCAACAGGCGCAUCGGGUCCAGCGCGUGGGUCACAGGCACGCGUGCGUCACAGGCGCGCCCGCCUCCCGGUGCUGGCGGAUCGUUCGCUCGCCCGUUCGUUCGUUUAUCGGGCCCAGCGCGCGGGUUGCGACAUCCCAGCGCUCCCAGCGCUCACUUGCGGCCUCGCGGGUCUGGCGACUGCGCCACUGCGGACUGCCUACAGUGAUCCGUUCGCAACGGCGCCUCCUCGUCGUGCCCGCCCCGCAGGCGAGCGGCGCCGCCGCCAGGGUCGCGCACGCGCCCCCCCGCAAGCACGCACGAGACGUGUUGUUGGGCCAGGCGUGGAGGCCCGGGGUCGUGUUGACACGGUGGAUGCGUCCCGCCUGGCGCAUGAGAAGCAAGGCACGUGGGGCUCGUUCGCGCCGACGGUAGCAGGCAGGAUGCAGGAAACAGGAGGGA